AUGGCCACUGCCGCGUCCUCCCUCAAGGCGACCCCAGAACGCGCAGCGGAGCUCAAGGAAUCACUAGUUGAGAUCCGACAGCGCGUAGAAGCAGCCACCCCCGCAACUGCCACGCGCAAACCGAUCCUCGUCGCCGUGUCGAAGUACAAGCCCGCGUCGGACAUCCAGGCCUGCUACGACGCGGGGCAGCGGGACUUUGGCGAGAACUACGUGCAGGAGCUCGCCGACAAGGCGCCCCAGCUCCCCGCCGACAUCCGGUGGCACUUCAUCGGCACCCUGCAGUCCAACAAGGCCAAGGUCCUAGCCUCGAUCCCGAACCUGCACGCCGUCCAGACCGUCUCCUCCGCCAAGGCUGCGACGGCCCUGCACAAGGCCCUCCCGCCCCCCGCGGAGCGCCCCGCGCCGCUGCACGUCUUCCUCCAGGUGAACACCUCGGGCGAGGACGCCAAGUCCGGGCUGCCGCCGCCGCCGCCCGCCGACGAUGACGCCGCGGACGGCUCGGAGCUGCUCGCGCUCGCCCGGCACGUCCUCGCCGAGUGCCCGCGCCUGCGCCUGCAGGGCCUCAUGACGAUCGGCUCGCUCGCGGAGUCGCUGGGGGCGGGUACGGUGGAGGGAGAGGAGAACGGGGACUUUGCGCGGCUGAGGGCGGCGCGGGACGCGCUCGAGGGCGCGCUCGCGCGGGCGGGGUGGCCGAGGGAGCGCGGGGCGUGGGGCGCGGAGGAGGGCGGGGGGCUGGUGCUGAGCAUGGGGAUGUCGAGCGACUUCGAGGCCGCGUUGAGGGCGGGGAGCGACGUCGUGAGGGUGGGGACGAGCAUAUUUGGCUCGCGGCCGAAGAAGGAGGCGAAGGCGGCGUGA